AUGGGGCUUGUCAAAGACAGGUUGCUAUUGAGGCGAUGUCCCAAAGCCACGUCUACUCAACAAGAAUCGCUGCACUACGCAGACGGUAGAGAUAAAGAGGGGGCGCCGAGAGACGUGGUGAUAGGGCUUGUCAAAGACAGGUUGCCAUUGAGGCGAUGUCUCAAAGCCACGUCUACUCAACAAGAAUCGCUGCACUACGCAGACGGUAGAGAUAAAGAGGGGGCGCCGAGAGACGUGGUGAUAGGGCUUGUCAAAGACAGGUUGCCAUUGAGGCGAUGUCCCAAAGCCACGUCUACUCAGCAAGAAUCGCUGCACUACGCAGACGGUAGAGAUAAAGAGGGGGCGCCGAGAGACGUGGUGAUGGGGCUUGUCAAAGACAGGUUGCCAUUGAGGCGAUGUCCCAAAGCCACGUCUACUCAGCAAGAAUCGCUGCACUACGCAGACGGUAGAGGGAAAAGAAGCGCCGAGAGACGUGGUGAUAGGGCUUGUCAAAGACAGGUUGCCAUUGAGGCGAUGUCCCAAAGCCACACGGUAGAGGAAAAAGAAGCGCCGAGAGACGUGGUGAUAGGGCUUGUCAAAGACAGGUUGCCAUUGAGGCGAUGUCCCAAAGCCACGUCUACUCAGCAAGAAUCGCUGCACUACGCAGACGGUAGAGGGAAAAGAAGCGCCGAGAGACGUGGUGAUAGGGCUUGUCAAAGACAGGUUGCCAUUGAGGCGAUGUCCCAAAGCCACAGGAAGCCGUCGAGAGACGUGGUGACAGGGUUCGUCAAAGACAAGUCCCCAUUGAGGCGAUGGCCCGGAGCUACGAUGCAGACGGCAGAGAAAGAGGAAGGCGUGGUGACAGGGCAUAUAUCAAAGACAGGUUGCCAUCGAGGCGAUAUCCCAGAGCCAACGUCUUGA